AUUAUCCACCGUCGAUUCCUCUAAAGUGUUCGAUCUAUAAUCUCACACAGAGUAAGCACGCAUAACGCCAUAGGAGAAGGACCUUUUACCAGAAAAACUCGUAGUGUUAUUAUUAUUUGGUCGAUUCUCCUUCUUCUCUGUACGUGAAGAGAGAGAGAGAGAGAGAGAGAGAGAGAGAGAGAAAUGGAGAGGGCGAAGCGAAACGCUGUUUUGGCAAUCGCGUUGGUGGUACUCGCGGUGGCGGCGGCGCGUGUGGAGGCGCAGGAGAACUCAGACGUGAAGACGCUGGUGAAAUACAAGCGCGGGAAGAAGUACUGCGACAAAGGGUGGGAAUGCAAGGGGUGGUCAAUUUACUGUUGUAACCUCACUAUAACCGACUAUUUCCAGACCUACCAGUUCGAGAAUCUGUUCUCCAAGCGGAACACUCCGGUGGCGCACGCUGUCGGAUUCUGGGACUACCACUCAUUCAUCGCCGCUGCCGCGCUCUUCGAGCCUCAAGGUUUCGGCACCACCGGCAACAAGACCAUGCAGAUGAUGGAGAUUGCCGCUUUCCUCGGACAUGUCGGCAGCAAGACCUCUUGUGGUUAUGGAGUGGCUACUGGAGGACCUCUUGCUUGGGGUCUUUGUUACAAUCAUGAAAUGAGUCCUAUGCAGUCAUACUGUGAUGAGUAUUUCAAACUCACAUAUCCCUGUACUCCCGGUGCUGAGUACUACGGACGUGGAGCUAUUCCCAUUUUCUGGAACUACAACUAUGGUGCUGUUGGAGAAGCUUUGAAGGUGGAUCUUCUAAGCCAUCCAGAAUACAUAGAGCAGAAUGCAACCCUUGCUUUCCAGGCUGCAAUAUGGAGAUGGAUGACACCAAUAAAGAAGUAUCAACCCUCUGCUCAUGAUGCCUUCGUUGGCAACUGGAAGCCUACCAAGAAUGACACUAUGGAGAAUCGCGUUCCUGGUUUUGGCACUACAAUGAACAUUCUCUAUGGGGAUGGUGUUUGUGGUCAAGGUGAUGUGGACACCAUGAACAAUAUCGUUUCCCAUUACAUGUACUAUCUUGAUCUUCUUGGAGUUGGUAGAGAAGAGGCCGGACCCCAUGAAUUACUUACAUGCGCUGAGCAGGUUCCUUUCAAUCCAUCUUCCAAAGCUGCCUCAUCAACUUAGAUUACAUUUAUUAGCAUGCGAUGAUACUGUUGUGCCAAUCCCUUUUAAAGUGUAAGUUAAUAAGGGUUCUUUAAAUUAUUGGUAUGCAAUAAUUUUGAACUGUGUAUGGCAGUGUGCGGAUUCAUUUAGCUUUUCUUCGUUGCUGUGUAGUAGUUAAGUCAUAUUGUAAUACCAUACGGCGUGAAAAAUUUGUAUCUGGUAUAUAUGUACGUUGUGGGGGCAUUUUGUCGUUAUCAUUAUUACAUAUACAUUCCUUGGUUGCAAUGUAAAUUUGAAUAUCUUCAUUUCUUUGAAGUCA